UUUUUUGAAAAAGCUCAACAAAUUCUACGUCUGAACAAGCUCAUAACGCAUCUGGGCGAUGGGUAAAUUAGAGCAGCAGUUCCCAGAAGUUUACGAAAUCUGUCGACAGUUCGCGCUUGACGAAGGGGCAAUGAGAAAGAUUGUUCGAGCAAUGACCCACGAAAUCUGUAUGGGUCUUGCAAAGGAGACACAUUCGAGUGCUUCGAUAAAGUGCUUUGAGACCUGCGUGCAAGACUUUCCCACUGGCAACGAAAGGGGAAAGUACCUAGCACUGGAUCUGGGGGGGUCGAAUUUUCGCGUACUUUUGGUUAAUUUAAUUUCAGCAAGGCAAAUUGAUGUAGUUAGCAAGACUUAUGGCAUUAGCAAGGCAAUUAUGGAAGGCCCGGGAAUCAAGUUGUUUGAUUUUCUUGCCGAGAGUAUAGCACAGUUUUGCAAGGAGCAUAAAAUAGAAAAUGACAAUUUGCCCCUUGGUUUCACAUUUUCUUUUCCAUGCAAACAUAUUGGUAUAGACCAGGGAAUUCUGGUAACUUGGACGAAAGGCUUCAAGUCUGAGGGAGUGGUUAACAAGAACGUUGUUGAGAUGCUUCGAGAAGCCAUCAGCCGUCGAGGUGACUUCAAAGUCGAUAUCGUAGCCAUUCUCAACGAUACGACGGGAACUUUGAUGUCCUGCGCUUUUCAGAAUCAGAAUUGCAAAAUCGGAAUGAUUCUAGGUACGGGCACAAACGCCUGCUACGUGGAGAAAACGUCAAACGUGGAAAUGUUUCCGUCAUAUCAGACCAGCACAAAGCCCCAUAUGAUCAUCAACUGCGAGUGGGGCGCGUUUGGGGAGAAUGGUGAGCUAGAUUUUGUGCGCACUUCGUACGAUAAGGCAGUGGACAGGGAGUCCUUAUAUCCCACAAAACAGGUGUUCGAGAAGUGCAUCUCUGGUAAGUAUAUGGGCGAGCUGGUGCGCCACAUUAUGGUGGAUUUGAUGGACAAGGGCGUCCUCUUCAAGGAAGCAACGGCCCAGAUUCUUCGUGAGAGGGAGAAGUUUGAUACCCGUUUUUUAAAUGGGAUCGAGUCGGACAAACCGGGUGAGAUACGCAAUGCCUGCAAAGUGAUGGAUAAGCUAGGCGUCAGGGGAACUAGCGAGGAGGAUUUACUUUGUCUGCGCCACAUAUGCCAAGCGAUAUCCACACGAUCAGCCCAGCUGGCGGCGUGUGGACUGGUCUCUUUGAUCAAGAAAACGAAAGUCAAGGACAUAGCAGUAGGCAUUGAUGGCAGUGUAUAUUGCUCUCAUCCGCAUUAUCAUAGGCUGUUGAUGGAAAAUAUGAAAUUACUGCUGAAGGGCUCGGCUAAAUUUGAGCUGAAUCUUUCCAAAGAUGGUUCGGGUCGUGGCGCGGCUUUAACUGCUGCCGUCUACACACGACAUCCACCGACUCCACCGCAAGACUUGCCGUCAAAAAAACAAUCAAGUUCGUCUCUUUUAAAUGCACCGGCACCAGCAAGCUUGCCAACAGUGCGUCGGUUUAUUCAGAAAGUUUUUUGGACAUUCAGGCACUUUUGAUAUUCUUUUCAAAGACCUGCUUCAAACGUAUAUAAACUCUUAAUUUUUUUUAU